GUUACAAUCUUUUGAUGGCGUUUUCAGUAGGAUUAGCGCUAAUCUGCGCGGUGUUUGGGUUAAUCUACGCCCUAGUGAAACGUAACUAUCGUUACUGGAGCAAUCGAAAUGUUCCAACGCUCGAGCCCUCGUUCCCUUUCGGUAAUUUUGGAGACCUCAGGUACAGGUCACCGGCUGAGGUAUCGUCGGAGUUGUACCAUCAGAUGGAUCCCCGGAACCGGUUCUACGGUCUUUUCGUAACGCUGCAACCGGCCCUCAUGCUGACCGAUCCCGAACUCAUCAAAACCGUGAUGAUACGUGACUUUGCGACAUUCCCGGAUCACGGUAUAUACCUGAACGAGCAAGUUGACCCUCUUUCUGUGCACCUCUUUGCCAUGGAAGGUGCUCGAUGGAAGGCAACCCGUUCGAAGCUCUCGCCUAUGUUCACGGCUGGCAGGACGCGGGCCAUCUUUCCGAUACUACAGCAGGUGGCGCAAAACUUCAAGCAGUUCCUGUGCAUGCAAGUCGGCGAGCAUGGGGCCGAGCUCGACGUGAAGGACUACAGUGCGCGAAUGAUGAUCGAUAACAUCGGGAGCUGCGCCUUCGGCAUCGAGUGCAAUAGUUUCCGCGAUCCGGACAGCGCGUUCCGGCGGUCGGGUCAGCUGGCAUUCGAUAAUCCCCGGCACUCGCAGCUCGUGAGUAUGAUGUUGCGGCUGUACCCGGCAAUUGGUCGUGUUUUCGGACUGAAGGUGUACCGCGACGAAGUGAUCGAGUUCUUCUCGCGAUUGGUAGAGGAUACGGUGGCAUUACGGAAGCGCAGCAAUGGAGCUAAGCGUAAUGAUCUCAUGGACCUCAUGAUAGAGCUAACAACACACGGAGACUCUGCGAAUGGUAGCAACGAUGGUCUUUCGAUGGAUGAACUGAAGGCCCAGACCUUCGGGUUCUUCGUAGCCGGCUUCGAUACUUCCGCCUCCAAUGUGACCUUCUGUCUGUACGAGUUGGCACUAAACGAAGAGUGCCAAGAGCGUGCGAGGACCUGCGUCCUGGAAGCACUACAGAAGCACGGUGGCAUGACGUACGAGGCGAUCGCCGACAUGGAAUACCUCGAUCGUUGUAUCAAUGAAACCUUGAGAAAGUAUCCGCCACUAGCGAUGCUGCAGAGGACCUCCUGUAAACCGUACCGUAUCCCGGAUAGUGACGUAAUUCUACCAACGAAAAUGAAGAUCCUCAUACCGAUCUAUGCGAUUCAGCGUGAUGCUCGCUACUACCCGGAUCCGGAACGAUUCGAUCCAGAUCGUUUCACACCGGAAGCUAUUGCCGGACGUCACAUUUGCACAUUCCUUCCGUUCGGCGAGGGACCACGGAUCUGCGUCGGUCAACGGUUGGGGAUGAUGCAAGCGCGCGUUGGAUUGGCUACGGUACUGGCCAACUUUCGUAUCCGACCCGGUCCCAAUACACCGAUACCAUUGGUGUACGCCAAGGAUUCGGUGAGCAUCCAGAAUCGGGGUUCAGUGAUGUUACAGUUCGAACCGCUUGAGGCAAAGGGGGACGAUUGA